UUUUUUCUUUAAUUUGAAGAAAAGAAUUAGUAAGCAAAAGAGAGGUGGGCGAGUUGGCCGAGUCUUGAAGCAUCAUCCAUCGUGCAUGCAUUUUGUGCAUUUUCUUUCAAUUUUCAACUUUGCAUGCACACGUCUCCUCCUCCCGAAAUUAACAACAACCGCCGAUCCAGCUCUCAGCUCGCCGAAAUUGGACUUCAAGCAUUUCAUCGCCUCGUUUCUCACGAAAUCGGUGUUCAAUCGCUCUGUGAUUGAAAAGUCAGAGUGGUAGCAGACUGGCCGCCCCUUCGUUUUACUCGUGUUUGCUCGAAUGAACUAGUUCUGGUUCUGGUUUCGGUGAAAGCUGUGAGCUCGAGAAUUUGAGUGCGAAAAUGGAGCCGCGCACUUGCGUGAACUCAGCUUGCGGGACCUCGAGCUCGAUCGAGUGGAAGAAAGGUUGGGCCUUGCGAUCUGGAGGAUUCGCCAAUCUCUGUCCCAAGUGCUGGUCUGCAUAUGAGCAAUCAAUUUUUUGUGAUAUUUUCCACUCAAAAGAAUCUGGUUGGAGGGAGUGCAUACUAUGUGGCAAGCGUCUCCAUUGUGGAUGCAUUGCUUCAAUGUUUCUGCUUGAUCUUCUAGAUGGUGGUGGUGUGAAGUGUAUAAAAUGUGCAAAAAGUUCAGAACCUCAACCUAUUUUAAGUGAUGAAAAGCCUGAUGGACUUGGAAUAUCCAAAAUCAGUGAGCUGCAACCAACUGCUCAAGACAAUCAAUUGGAUGGAACUAAUGUUGAAAAAUUGAAGCUUAUUCAGUUGGGAAAUAAUAAAGAUUGUAAUGGGUUUAGGAACUUGCUUCAGUUUCAGAACAAUGACGCAAAUGGGUUAUUGCAGAAAAUGAAACAUGCCGAUACUCCACCUCCUGUGGGGGAAAUUGGAGGCACAUGUUUAUCAAACUUUAAUCUGGCAUCCAAUGGAUCAUCUGAAGCUCCCAAAGCAGAAGUUUUCAAAGCAAACUUAGGGAUAAAUGAUAUCUAUGACUCACUUCCGCAGACAAAUUUGAGUAUGUCCCUUGGUGCACCUUUGGGAAAAGCAAAUCCUGUUCCUGCUGCCAUUUUUGAUGAAAGGGAACACAGUAAGACAUCCUCUCCGCUCUUACCAGGAGCUAGGUCUCGCAAUCUUUUUCCAAAGCCCCCAAAAUUGGCCCUUGGUGCAGGUUUGGAGGAAAAUUCUACAAUUGCUUCACACGCACGUGUUGCAAGGCCACCUGCCGAAGGACGGGGGCGGAAUCAGCUUCUUCCCCGCUAUUGGCCCAGGAUUACAGACCAGGAAUUACAGCAAAUAUCUGGAGAUUCAAAUUCCACAAUUGUACCUUUGUUUGAGAAGAUGCUAAGUGCCAGUGACGCUGGUCGAAUUGGUCGUUUGGUACUCCCUAAAGCAUGUGCUGAAGCAUAUUUUCCUCCCAUUUCUCAACCCGAGGGUCUUCCUUUACGGAUUCAAGACGUGAAGGGAAAAGAAUGGGUGUUUCAGUUCAGAUUUUGGCCUAAUAAUAACAGUAGGAUGUAUGUUUUGGAGGGUGUAACCCCUUGCAUACAGUCCAUGCAGUUGCAGGCUGGAGAUACUGUGACUUUCAGUCGUAUGGAUCCUGAAGGAAAACUUAUUAUGGGGUUUCGGAAAGCAUCAAAUUCUGUUGCAAUGCAGGAUACCCAUCUUACUGCCAUUCACAAUGGCGCUCACUCAAGUGAAACUUUCUUUUCGGGUGUUUUUGAGAACCUUCCUGUAAUAAGUGGUUACCCUGGCCUUCUUCAGUCACUGAAGGGAAGCAUGGAUCCCCAUCUAAAUGCACUGUCCAAACACUUGACUACAGCUAGUGGUGAUAUUAGCUGGCAUAAAUCUGAGAAGCAAGAAGGGAGGACAAGGGAAGGCAUGCUGCUGCCAUCAUUACUUGUUCCCGAGAGGAAAAGAACUAGAAAUAUUGGUUCCAAGAGUAAGAGAUUGCUCAUCGAUAGCCAAGAUGCUUUAGAGCUGAAGCUUACUUGGGAAGAGGCUCAGGAUUUGCUUCGUCCACCGCCAGCUGCCAAGCCAAGCACUAUCAUGAUUGAAGAUCUUGAAUUUGAAGAAUAUGAAGAACCUCCUGUAUUUGGAAAGAGGAGUAUUUUCAUAGUCCGGUCAACUGGGGAACACGAGCAAUGGGCGCAGUGUGAUAGUUGCUCUAAAUGGCGAAGGUUGCCAGUUGAUGUUCUACUUCCAUCUAAGUGGACAUGUGCGGACAAUGCUUGGGAUCAAAGCAGGCGUUCGUGCUCAGCACCAGAUGAAUUAGCCCCGAGGGAACUGGAAAGUUUUCUCAGACUGAGUAAGGAAUUCAAGAAAAGGAGAACGGUGGCAGACAAUAGGCCAACCCAGGAGCAUGAAUCUUCUGGCCUUGAUGCUUUGGCCAAUGCUGCAAUCCUUGGAGACAAUGCGGCUGAUCCAGGAACUGCAUCAGUUGCUACGACAACAAAACAUCCCAGGCAUCGUCCUGGCUGCUCAUGCAUUGUGUGCAUCCAGCCCCCCAGUGGGAAGGGCAAACAUAAGCCUAACUGCACAUGCAAUGUGUGCAAUACCGUUAAACGCCGUUUUAAAACCCUAAUGAUAAACAAGAAGAAACGUCAAUCAGAGCGAGAGGCAGAGAUUGCCUACAGAAACCAGCAUGCAUGGGGCCCUAGGGAUGAAGCAGAAGUAGACAGCACUUCUAGGCACGUAUCGUCGCAUGUGGAUCCUUCAGACAACGAGGCCAGGUCUGCCAACGAAUCAGAUUCCAAGAGCCAAAGCAAAGUGGCUGAAACUGGGAAGGGAAUAUUAGACUUGAAUUGCCAUCCCGGCCGAGAAGGAGAGCUGCAAGCAGGGCCAGACCAUGUGAGUAUGAUGUCUCUUGUUCAAGUAGCAAGCCUUCCUCUUGAGACAUAUUUAAAACAUAAUGGUCUUACCAGCUUGAUGUCUGAGCAACAGGCAACUAGCUCAACUUCACAUGUGCCGCCACAAGCCACUAAUGAGAGUGAAGACCAACAUAAUGAGAAUCAAUGUCAAGAACAGGAAAGUGGCGGUGAAGAAAGGCCGGAUCAAGGCCAAGAUGACCCUCUAUGAUGAAAAUCCUGUUUCUUUUUAUAUAAAAAAAUUAUCAACUUAUUUCUUGUAUAAUUAUAGACUUUUAUGUUUGUUUUCCUUGGUUUGGGAUAUUUUUUUUUAGCUGAGAGUGUGAAUGUGCGAAAAAAUUAUAAAAUUAACUUGUAUUAUAAAGUGAUUGGUCUCUCUUCAAAAAAUUAAAAUAUUUGGGGUGAAUAUUUAUGGAACUAAAUUA